GUUGCUUUUAAAAAAGAAAGACGUCACAUAUCCUCGCCGAGGCCGACGGCAGACUUGCUCGAUUUCCUCGUUCCUACCUGAUAAAUAUCGUCCCGCCUUCCUUUACAGCGUGCCAGUCCGUUCCGAAACCUAUUUCUUCAAUGGAGAUAUCCUCAGCCACACCCACACCGCAUUUUCUGUUCGUCACCACCCCGAUGCAGGGCCACAUCAACCCGGCACGCCGCCUCGCCGCGCGCGUGAUGGCGUCGAUGCCGAGCGCGCGCGUCACCUUCUCCACCGCCGUUGCAGCGCACCGCCUCAUGUUCCCUUCGAACACCGACGACCAAGAGGACGCCGUUGACGACGCCGGCGUGCUGUACGUCCCCUACUCCGACGGCUUCGACGAGGGCUUCAACCCCGCGGUGCACGGCACGGGCACCUACAAGGAGCGCUCGCGCGCCGUGGGCCGCGAGACGCUCUCCGCCGUCAUCGCCGGCCUCGCUGCGCGCGGCCGGCCCGUCACGCGCAUGGUCUACGCCUUCCUCGUGGGCUGGGCCCCCGCCGUCGCGCGCGCGCACGGGAUCCCCGCCGCGCUCUACUGGAUCCAGCCGGCCGCCGUCUUCGCCGUGUACUACCACUACUUCCACGGCCACGACGCCCAAAUCCUCGCCUCCUUCUGCGAGAACGACGACGACGCCGGACCCGACGCGGGCACCGCCGCGCUGCCGGGGCUGCCGCGGCUCAAGUCCAGCGCGCUGCCGUCGGUCGUGUCCAUCACCUCGCCAGAACACCCGCACUACCUGCUGCUGGACAUGAUGCGCGAGCUCUUCCUGACGCUCGACGAGUACAAGUCCAAGGUGCUCGUCAACACGUUCGACGAGCUGGAGCCCGACGCGCUGAGAGCCGUGGCGCAGUUCGAGCUCGUGGCCGUCGGGCCGGUGGUGCCGGACCCGGACGAGGCAUCUACCGCGGCGUCAAGCACGGACUUGUUCCCACGCGACGACGGGAAGGCGUACAUGGAGUGGCUCGACACGAAGCCGGCGCGGUCCGUGGUGUACGUGUCGUUCGGGACCAUCGUCUCGAUGAGCAAGCGGCAGGAGGAGGAGACGCGGCGCGGCCUCGAGGCCACCAGCCGGCCGUACCUGUGGGUGGCGCGCAACGGCGCCGAUCACGACGGCACGCAAGGGAUGAUGGUGGAGUGGUGCGACCAGGUGAAGGUGCUGUCGCACCCGGCGGUGGGCUGCUUCGUGACGCACUGCGGGUGGAACUCCACGCUCGAGAGCGUCACCCGCGGCGUGCCAAUGGUGUGCGUGCCGCAGUGGACGGACCAGCCGACGGUGGCGUGGCUGCUGGAGGCGCGCAUGGGCGUCGGCGUGCGCGCCCGGGUGGACGGCGAGGGCGUGGUCGGGCGAGGCGAGCUCCAGCGGUGCGUGGAGACGAUCAUGGGAGACGGAGACGACGCCGCGUCGGUGAUCCGGGCUCAGGCGGACGGCUGGAUGGGCCGUGCCAACGAGGCGGUCGCCGGAGGUGGGGCGUCGGAGAGGAACCUGCGGGCGUUCGCGUCGGAGCUCUGCUGUGCCGUGAUCGGCGACGCAUGAGGAGCCGGCGAGGUUGAGGUGUACUAGCUUUCAGUUCCCGCAUUGGACGCGACGAUUAAUAAUUGGGUCCCUAUCAAACAUUGCCAUGGCUCGAUAUUGGCGUCUUGAGCGAUGACUUGCAUGUUUGUUUAAAUGUAACUAUCCAUCUGAUGGAAUGUGCUUGUGUAAAGGGUGGAUUCGAUGAUUCCCCCUCUCAUGUCGAUGCAUGAUAAUAUCACCUAAACUAUAGAGAUGUCAACUUCAGUUAUAAAAAUCUAGAGAUGUCAACUUAAUGUAUUUUAUAGUUGAGAGAAGAUUAUCAAAAUGCACAUCAACUUUGGGGA